AUUUUGCAUUUCUGGCCGAGAACUGUAUGUAAACAAUACAGUUCUCCUCCCUUUCAGCUCGUGCACACUGCUUUGGGUGGCUGUGCACAGCAUAGCCAUCCAAAGCAGUGUGACUACAGUAAAGCACCAACACCCAUCCCACAGUUAACCCUUUGAUCGCACCUCAUGUUAACCCCCUUCUUACCCAGAGCCAUUAGUACAGUGUCAGUGCUUUCUUUUUUUAGCACUAAUCACUGUAUUGAUGUCAGUGGCAACAAGUCAAGUUCCCCCCAGUGUCAGAAUGCUUGCCGCAUUCCCGCUUUAA